CUCACCAUGCUCAUGUUCUAUGUUAUGCGAGUGCAAUCCCUCCUGAGCAACAAGGAAAUGCGCUUCAGCAGACUGCGAUGAAUGACAACACCAGCUUGUGAAGGAGCGCCCGGCGCUGCGGCCUGGAUAACAGCGCCCAAACUCAUUGCGCUGUAUCAUCUCGUCACUCCCGCCACCAUCGGCUUGCCCCCUCCUCAGAUCCCCACCACUUGCUGUGGAUAACUGCGUAGCGCGCGACGGUAUAGCUGAAGAAGGAUUGCUAUCCUCAGUGCUCACCUUCAGACUCUACGCAACAACUGGAAGAACUAGCUUCCACCUGCAGGUCCCCCCUUCCCGAUGGCAUCAAGCGACGACCCAACUGCCCUCGCUGCUCUGAUUGUUUCCCUCAUCGCUCUCAUCGUAACCCUCUUGCAACUAGUGCAGCAAUACGCAUCCACCGCGUACGACUACCGCCGCUGCUCCAAGCGCGUCCUCGGCCAAUGGGCCCUCCGUACACGCCGCCACUUCAUCUUCAGCGAAGUCCGCUUCGAAGUUACCUUCUCCACGCCCCACUUAUCCAUAUUCUUCCCCCGCGAUGACCAUACCCUCACUGAGAAGCCUACGCGCACGACGCUCGAUAGCCAUGACCUUCGCGUGCCCGCUGCGCCGAAGCAGUUCAUCUACGAGCCGGAGCGGCCGGCGAUUGCUCAGUGGGCGAGCGGGUCGAUGGCCCCGAAGACGGUGCUGCAAUACGAUGUCACGGACCGGCCGUGGUUCUUGAACCUGGAGGACCCGACGGUGCCGGAGGCUCGGUGUGCGUGGCUGGAUCUGCUGGCUGCUGCGACGACUUCGGACGUUGGACUGUAUGUGAAGGAGAGGCGCUGGUCGUAUGACUACAUGCCCGCUGCGCUCACUCGCCCAAUAGCCAGCGCGGACAAGGCGUCCUUCCUCUCGCUGUUCAGCUUGUGGAAGGUCUCGUGGCGCAAGAAGAGCGAUGGUGUAUACGUGGGAUCGGGGCCGCACUGUGAAGUCCGCGUCAACGACAUCCAUGGCUUUGGCCCCGUCUAUUCCGUGGACAUGCGGCCGGACAAGUCGACGCGUUAUCGGUGUCGCUCGGAGACGGCUCGUCGGGCGAUGUUCAACGAGUUCAACAUCGGCUUCGGAAGGAUACGCACCGGGGCGGAGAUCAGGGACUCUGUCUCCAAGGCCUUCGAGAGCAUGGACACGAACUUCGCGGAGACGAUUCAGGAGUGGUACGAGGGCAAUCAGUGGUGUAUCGGUGUCGGUCUCCUCGUAGCGUGUUGGUGCAUCGAGCCCUCGAUGCCGAAGGUCAUCACGGACAACGGCUUCUUGAGCGUGUACUCCGCACAUACUCUGAGCACUGCGCUUUCGCACGUCGGCACCCUGCAGAUGCUCUGCGGCUCGUCAUGCGUGCACCCUCUGCGAAAAAGCCACGGCUCCAUCCAACAAUUCCUCUCCCGCGUCGACAUGCUGUAUAUGGAGAUCAACCGCGACCUGAUAGCCCCACACCUCCUGAACGCAAUCUCACUCUCUGACGACGGCGAUUAUAUCACUCACAAUCGCACCUCUUGGACGACGGCCAACGCAUGUCUGCAUGCCAUCGGCGUCCUCGACGAUCAUUUCGCUGGCAUCGUGGGCUACAUGCCUUGGGACGCGUCCUACGUCAAGCGACUCCUCGCAUACUAUCAGCUCAAACACGCGAUAGACGAGUACCCAGCAGCGACGGAGCUUGCGUCGAAAGCGGGAACCUUCUGGCUACAGGAGCUCGACCUGGUCAUUGCCUCCGACGCGCAGGCAGUCGUCAGGGAUAUGCUGAAGGCGCUGGGGACUACGCUGAAGCAGCACGAAUUGACUUUUGAGAAGUUGGUGGUGAAUAGGCUCAUGCGGGGCGCGCUUUGGCUGGUGCAUAAUAGUAAUGCGCCGAGCAAGCACAAUGAGCGGACGGCGCUGGAGUGCACGCUUACGCACGAGAUGCUGGCGGAUAAAACCACGGUGUACCUUGCAUGAAGGCAAUCAACACGGUCACUGUGUAGUGAGGGGUGGGGGACCUACGUGUAUUUAUGAGAAAGGUCAGGGGAACCGUCUUGCCUCGGUCCUACUUGUUGUUCUCGUCGUACGCCCUUGGGCUAUUCAUGUAUAUGUAUGAUGACUGACUUAGCUACGCUUCUUGGUCUCGAAUAUGGUGCGUCGCCUUCUCAUUCAGGCGCCAAACCCCGUCACCAUCGUGGCGACCUAUUCCAGUAGUUGGCGUGCUCGAAUACAUAAUGAGGAAGAAGGGCA